GAAACUUCAUCGGGAGGGUUUGACAUUUUUGAGUGGUUCGGUGUUUGGGUUUUUUACUGAGAGUCGGUCUCGGUCAGUUUUUCUGUCCCUCUAUCCUCCUUAAGCCUUCUGACUCCUUAUCCAUAUAUCACAACUUUUCUUUCUCUCCUUAAGCGCUUUCUGAAGCUCUUGCUCACAGUCGCUUCUUCUUUCAUAUCUUCUGGAAUUCCCACACUGUGACCGUCUUCCUUUCUCUCUUCAUACUGCUGUAGUUCCUUCAACCUAUCCAUCUAUGCAUGUAUCCAGAGAACUUUAGAAGAUUCGCAAACAGAAAAUGGCGUGUCUGUUGCCACAGUUCAAGUGCUCACCAGACACCCUCUCUAUCCACUUCAAAACUCACCAACAUCAACACCACUACAGCAACAAUAGCCAGUUGAAGGCUAGAGAUCUUCUUUGCUUCCGGACACAGUGUAUCCUCUCCACAACAACAGCAACUAUGACAACUACAGUGGUUGAUGAUGAAAAGCUGAGAAUGCCUUCUUUAGAAGCUCAUUUAAUUUCAGUACCAGCUGACAGACCCUUGACUUAUAUUGGGGCUAUUGAUCCACCCACAAAGGCAAAAUUCGAAGCAACUUUGGCCACAGAACCACUUAUUACAGGUGAUGAGGCCUUGAUUGCUGCUGCUGCAGUCGAAGCAGUUGCUUUAGCAAAAGCAGCAGUUGAGAUUGCUAAGGAUGCAGCCCUCAUGGUCAGUACUAACCCUUCUUCAAAAUCAGAUAAGUGGCCUCCAGAUAUUCCAUCUGAGUUGGAUACUUACUGGCAUGAGACGGCUCAACUUAAUGAAAUAGAACAAGUUGACAUGGUGCACCAUUCUUUAGGAGCAGAAUCAAGACCAAAGGAAGACUCUGACUAUUUGGAUCCAACAGAUGAGGAACUCAAACUCUUACAAAUGCAGCUUUCAAAAAGCAUAGCUGUGAGAUCAGGACGUCAAACAGAAAGACGAGCCAGAAGAGCAAGGGCGGCAGAAAAGGUUGCUGCAAAUGUCGUUGCUGUGAAGUCUGGAUCUUCAAGCAGGAAAAAACGUUCUGCUUUACAGGAUGUAGACUAUUCUGACCCCUUGCGUUAUUUGAGAGGGACUACUAGCACUUCCAGGCUUCUAACAGCUACUGAAGAGCUGGAGUUCUCAGAAGGAAUACAGGACUUAUUGAAGCUAGAAAAGCUUUAUGAAGAGCUUGCAGAACGAUACGGAGGUCAACCCACUUUUGCUCAAUGGGCAGCUGCUGCUGGAAUUGACCAGAAGACAUUGAGGAAGCGCCUCAACUAUGGCAUUCUUUGCAAAGACAAAAUGAUCAAAAGCAACAUACGACUUGUUAUUUCUAUUGCAAAAAAUUAUCAGGGAGCUGGAAUGAACCUUCAGGAUCUUGUUCAGGAAGGAUGUCGAGGACUUGUAAGGGGUGCAGAGAAGUUCGAUGCUUCAAAGGGUUUUAAAUUCUCAACCUAUGCACACUGGUGGAUUAAACAGGCAGUUAGGAAGUCUCUUUCAGACCAGUCCAGGACAAUUCGCUUACCAUUUCACAUGGUUGAGGCAACGUAUCGAGUAAGGGAGGCUAGGAAACAACUUUAUAGUGAGAAUGGAAGACAUCCUGAUAAUGAAGAAGUUGCUGAGGCAACGGGGUUGUCGAUGAAGAGGCUCACAGCUGUGCUUCUUACCCCUAAAGCUCCAAGAUCUCUUGACCAGAAAAUUGGGAUCAACCAGAACCUAAAACCUUCUGAAGUGAUUGCAGAUCCAGAUGCAGAAACGACUGAAGAAUUGCUAAUGAAGAAAUUCAUGAAACAAGACCUGGAGAAGGUGUUAGACAGUCUUAACCCAAGGGAAAAACAAGUAAUUAGGUGGCGAUUCGGGCUGGAGGAUGGAAGAAUGAAGACCCUGCAAGAGAUUGGUGAGUUGAUGGGUGUGAGUAGAGAAAGAAUCAGGCAGAUAGAAUCCUGUGCCUUUAGGAAGCUGAAGAAUAAGAAGAGAACAAAAAAUUUACAGCAAUAUUUGAUUUCUUAACCCCGCAGAAUAAGAUGCUUUAAGGGGUUGUCUAUAUUUCUUUUCUUUCCUGUCGUUUUCUGUUUCUUUUUCUUUUUCUUUUGCCCCACGGAAAACAUUUCCUUUCAAUUUCCUUCGCAAUAUGUACAUUCAAUUUAUUCAGAUUCAUGGGAAUCAGUAGCAAUGUUUUGAAAACCGACCUGGAGGCCAAACCAUUUUUGCCUUCGGGUCACCGGUUUGGUCA